CGGCGGCGGGGCGGGGGGGCCCAGGCCGGCCAGGCAGGAAGUCUGGGGGGAGUGAGCCAGCCCGCUAGCCUGCGAAGUUUGCAAAAGUGUCAUUGCGCGCCCAGCGGAGCCCAGAGCGAGCGCGGAGCCAGGAGGGAGUCCCGGGCUGGCGUCGGGGGGCCCGCCAUGCGCAGCUGACCACCCCCGCCGGGACCCCCAAGCACCAGGAUGGCCGGCCCGGGGGCCGCCGCGUGGCUCUGCCUCUGGUGGGGCCUGCUGGCCGGGCCGGCGGGCACCAUGAACUACCCGCCCCGCUACAGCCUCUACACGGGCGCCGGGCUGCCCUUCGCCGCGCACCUCCAGGGCGCCGGGCAGGCGGGCAACGGAGGGGCGCGCGUGGCCAGUCGCCACAGGAACUGGUGUGCUUACGUGGUCUCUCGCAGCGUGAGCUGCGUCGUGGAGGAUGGCGUGGACACCUACGUCAAGCCAGAUUACCAGCCGUGCGUCUGGGGGCAGCUCCAGUGCCCCCGCGUCAUCACCAGGUACCGAAGCUUCGUUCGCCCUCGCUACAAGGUGGCCUACAAGACUGUCUCGGACAUGGAGUGGCGCUGCUGCCCCGGCUACUCGGGUGACGAUUGCGCCGAAGGUGGGGUGCCACCCACCACCCCCCGCCCACGAACUCAGCCCGUCCGUCCCAACCUCUCUGGCUUCAGCAACACGCUCAGCGGUCUUGGCGGAGAAGGGCACAGGGACUCCGAGAAGGUCCGGCAGCUGGAAGAGAAAGUCCAGCACCUGAGCAAACAGCUGCAGGACUUGCAGUCCACCAUGGAGACCAGCAACACCAAACUGGCAGAGGACGUCCGCCGGGCCGUCGAGUCCUCCUUGAACGGCAAGCAGCCGGCGGACGCAGCCGCCCACCCGGAAAUGAAGGAGACCCUCAACGAGAUCCAGCGCCACUUGCAGCGCCUGGACAACCGCAUCUCCAACCAUGAGAACGGGCAGGGGGUGGCCCAGGGAGGCGGGACAGACGUCCACGGCGAGGUCCUGCGGGAGGUGGAGCGCACCAUCCACGAAACCUGCUCCUCCUGCGUGACGGGCGUCUUCGACCUGCGGCAGCAGCGGGAGGAAGACCAGGACCGCAUGCGGGCUCUGGAGAAGCUGGUGGCCUCCGUGGACCAGCGCAACCGGGAUGCUGUGGACACCGUCCGGCAACACGUGAGCCGCCUGGCCUCCCAGCCGCCUGAGGAUUGCUGUGCCCGGGCCGAGAGCAGGGUGAGCGGGCUGGAGCGGCGCCUCGACGCCGUCACGGAGGCCCUCUCCGCCCUCAGCGAGCACCUGGCCGGGCGCAGGACACCCCCGCUGCCUCCGUGGAGCGUGGACCGGCGCAUGUCGGAGGUGGAGAGCCGGGUCAACACCACGCAGCGCAGCCUGGAGGAGCACUUUGGGGACCUCCAGAUCAUGCUGGAAGGGGCGGACGAGCGGCUGCGCCGUGCGGAGGGCCAGCUGGACUCAGCGUUCUCCCGCCUGAACGACUUCCAGAGCCACGUGGGGCGGGCGUUGGCCAACCUGUCGAGGGAUGUGGGCGCCCUGAAGGACAGCAGCCUGCAGCAGCAGGGGGCCCUGGAGCGGGUGCACAGCACGGCCCACGCCUGCACGCAGAUCUGCGCCCCUGCAGGCAACCAGGACUCUCAGAUCAGCACCAUCCUGAGCGACCUGGAGCGGAGGCUGCUGGACACGGAGGGGCAGCUGCGCGUCCUGGGCAGCAACCUCCACCAGCUGGACGUCUCGGGGAAGCUGCGCAGCCUGCAGGGUCUGGUGGGCUCCCACAGUGAUGCCCUCAGCCAACUGGCAGGGGAGGUGGGCGAGCUGGAGAACCGCAUGGUGGUCUCCGUCAGCGCCGGGCCCCCCGAGCUGGUGCUCCAGGCCAACCGGACAAGCCAGCGUCUGGAGGAGCUGGAGAAGGAGGUCCGGGGGCUGGAGCAGCUCUCCUGCGGACAGGAGUGCGCCGAGCUGCGCGAGGAGGUGGGCCAGCUGCGGUCCGAGGUGGAGGUCUGCCAGGCCGCCUGCCAGCCUCCCGGGCGGCGCCCUGACCUGGGCAGCAGUGGCGGCAAGGAGGCAGGGGACGCCUCCCGGCCGCUGGACGGCUUCAGCGUGAUCGGGGGCAGCUCCAGCGUCCACCUGCAGUCCUUGCAGGGCGAGCUGUCGGAGGUCAUCCUGGGCUUCAGCUCCCUGAACGAGACGCUGGCCGGGCUGCAGGCCACUGUGGAGAAGCACCAGACGGACAUCCAUGAGUUGGGCACCACCAAGGACCACAUCAUCGCCGAGAUCAACCGGGUCCAGCAGGAGGUGACGGAGCACGUCAGCGAGAGCGAGGAGCGCUUCCAGGUGCUGGGGCGCGAGGUGCAGCGCUUUGGGGGUGCCCUGCGCGUGGAGGCCUCCGACUGCCGGCGGGCUUCCGGGGGGCUGGCGGAGAGGCUGGCCAAGCUGGAGGGGGCGUGCGAGAGGCUGGACACCGUCUCCGGGAGCCUGCACAAGAUCAAGGAGGGGCUGGACAAGCACGUCUCGGCCCUGUGGGGCUGCCUGCGGGAGGUGAACGGGACCCUGCAGACCCACGGAGCCCUCCUGGACAAGAUCCACGGCAGCCAGCUGGGCACCAUCCACCGCCGGCUCAGCACCCUCAACGGCUCCCUCCAGACUUUGCAGGGGCAGCUGCACGGCCUCACUCUGCAGGAUUUGACAGGACCUCCAGGGCCCCCUGGACUGGAGGGCCCCAUGGGGAAGCAGGGGCCCGUAGGCCCAGCUGGGCCCCCUGGCAAGGACGGAAGGACCGGCUCUGUGGGGCCUCCAGGUCUCCCCGGAGAACAAGGCCUGCCUGGGCCACCCGGAACGACGCCCAAGGUCUCCUUCACUGCAGCACUGACCGCCCGCCACGUGGAGACGGGGACCAUUGCCUUCGACCGGGUGCUGCUGAACGACGGGGACGCCUACGACCCGAAAUCUGGAAUCUUCACCGCUCCGUUUCCUGGCCGCUACCUGGUCAGCGCCAUCCUGACUGGCCACCGGGGGGAGAAGAUCGAGGCGGUCCUCUCCCGCUCCAACCAGGCCAUCGCCCGCAGCGACUCAGCCGGCUAUCAGCCCGAAGGCCUGGAGAACAAGCCGGUGGCCGAGAGGCAGCCCAGCACCGGAGCGCUGGCCGUCUUCACCCUGGUCGUCCCCAUGGAGGCUGGAGAAACUCUCUGCGUGGACCUGGUCUCCGGCCGGCUGGCCCGCUCCUCGGACGAGCCACUGACUGUCUUCAGCGCAGCCCUGCUCUAUGAGGACGACUUGGGGGUCUAGGCGGCUUCUGGGCGGGGGAGGGGGGCUGGCUGAAGCAGCGCCUCCCUCCAGCCUGGGAAGGGAGAGCUGAGGACCCCUCCACACUGCCCUCUCGCAGCCCCGGCCAAGCCUCCCCUCCUCCCACCACUGGGCCAACACCGCAGGGAGGGCGUCCCUUGCAGCCACCAGGCGCUCCUCUUGCUGGCACCCCCUGCCCCUUGGCCUCCCUGCCACCCACGGGGCGGCACAAAGCUUGCAAGACUCUCUCUUCCCAAGGCACUGUGGGGAGGAGCAAGUGGGUCCUGAAGGCAGAAUUCUGCCCUCUGCCCACUCAGCUCCCCGGCCUGGCAGGGGGUGUGUGCCACUGCCCAGGCCAACAGAAAGUGCCACCUCAAUGCCAGCUGCAUCCGUGGCCCAGCGGGAACGAAAAGGUCCCUUUUGUUAUUUAUCUGUGUCUGUCGUACCCCAGAGAAAGGACCCCCCCUCCUCGUGCCACCGCCCUCCACCACCAGCCGGCUUGCCCCCUCGGCUCUCUGUCACAGCUUUGCCACCGCCGGGGCUGCCUCUUCUUGCCACGCCCACUGCAGAGCUGCUCAGAUGCCAGUUAUGCCAGGCUUGCCAUGGAUGGGCCAGACACGGGAGCCCCACCCUAAGGAGUCAACACCGCCAUUCACCUGAGACGAGGGGGAGAGGCCUCUUCGCAAGACUGGGGGGAGGGAGGAGGGGGUGGGCGGAGGAGGAGGAGGAGGAAGAAGAGGAGGAGGAGGAAAGGGCCUUGCUCCAGCCUCGUCUCCUGUGUGGGUCACCCUUCAUGUAUAUGCUGUGUAAAGGCCCAACUCAGCUAUCAAUAUAAUUAUUGAAUAAAGAAACACAACUUUUUUUAAAAAACCAA